AUGGAGUUCUCUUCCUACGCUGGGGUGAGCUCUGAACGUCUGGCCUCCCUCCGGAACCUUGACAUUCGCCGAAAGUCUGUGUACAACGGAUCAAACUUCUCCUACGGAAACAACAUUUACGAAGUUUUACACAACUGUUGCACGGAGGAGUUAAAAAAUGAGGAAGACACAAUUGGCAUUGAUCCGUUUGGCAAUAGGUACGCCCCGAAGAUUGGCAACCGACGCGAUAGAAACAACUGCGAUUACAACUAUGCAGGCCUAAGGUCGGAAAUUAAGAAUAGCAUUAAUGUGCGCAACCGAAGAAUCAAAAGUGUUCUCAAUAUCCACGGGGGGGAGAGCGUAAAGGACACCAUACAACAUAAUGGAGGAGAAGAGAUUAGCAACCCAAAGCACUUCCUUUCGGACAAAGGUUAUGUGUUAACUCCGAAGAGGUGUCUAGCCAGACAUGUGGACGAUAGCGAAAUUGACAAAUAUUUUUCCACCAAGUAUGCUGUGACGGACAAGUCCAGUGGACGAACAGAAAUUAUGGUGGAGAGGAAACCUGGGUGCUCCAAUAUCAUUGUGCAGAACUUCUCCGAAUUUGAUGCUUAUGCCACGUACAAGCGACAGGACGAGCGGAAGAAGGAUAGGGACUCCUUUGUUCACACAAAGAUGGGCAUCGUGCCGAAGGACGGGACGCCCACGGAUGAUAAAAAAUGCAAAGCGCGCGCUCUGUUUACGGAAGUCCACCGAAGCGACAACAUCGCACCCGAAAAUUAUUGGUUGUGUCCCACCGUGGACAGUGAAAAAAAAAAAAAAAAAAAAAUUUUUGCCUAA